AUGACUUCAACUACUACGCCCAUGCCCAACAUCGGCGGCUUGUUGGCCCCCUUGCUGCCUGCCCUCGUACCGGCAAGCAUCUCCAAACAGCCCGCCAUUGGCGUCCUGCCUCUUCUCAGCCCCAUUUUGAGGCAAAGAGUCCAACUUCUUUCAGAGGCCAGCACCGAGCCAUGGCUCCGUCUCCUCGCAUAUGACACCGACAAGUCGGCGCGCCUGGCAGAUAUCGUGCAGAGCGGCAGACUAGAGCCGCAUCCUGUAUCCGGCGAGGUCGAGGUAGAUUGGGAAUACGACGCGAAGACGAAGUACAGGCGGCUCGACUUGGAGACCCUGCAGGCGUUUGUUGCCCUCGAGGAGCUCGAGUUGACCUUCCAAUUAGUCUACUGCGUUGGCGACAAGGAUGGCGGCGGUGACGGCUGGAGGAUCGGCGAGGUUAGCGUCACCGACAAGGCGGCACCAUUUGGAACCUUUGGCGGCUAUUCGACCAUCGCGGAGGCCGAGAAGGCCUACGCAGACGAAAAGUCCAAGGCGGUGGCUUCGAGGGCACCGGCCAGCUCGACGACCAAUGAGACCGCGGAGGCGAAUGACGAUGAGGACGACGGGUACUGGGACAGAUAUGACGCGACUCCUGCUCGUACGCCAGCAAACGACCCUCCCGCCGUCAAGCGUUCUCCCGCACCGCACGCACCACAGCCCUCGCAGCUGGGUCAAUUUCGAACCGACUCUGCAGAGGAUGCGUACUAUGCGCAGUAUGAUUCAGUACAACCGGCGAUGGACGCUCACGAUCCCGACGAGGAGGUUGAGGGUUUCGAAACUGCCCCUCCGCUGGGACUCGGCGCCGUCGUCGGCCAAAAUAACUCGGACCGGGGCCUGAAUGAGACAAACGGCUCUUGGACGCUGGCGGAACCCCCGCGAUCGCCCUCGAUUCACAGCCAAAUUGACGAGGACAGGGCUGCUGUGCUCCUUCAUCCCCGUCCAGCAUCGAGCGCGAGCAGCAACGGCAGCCGCUUGGUCGAGAAGCUCGAGGAGAGCGUGGGCAAGCAGGAUCAGAACGAGUUUGGCGUGAAGCAGCACGUUUCGAGGAGCAUUCGCAGCCUCUUCUUGCUGGCCCGUUCAUCCGGUAUCGACAGGGAAGAGUUUGAGCGGUUGGUGAAGACGGAGUUGGAUGUCCUCGGCAUGAUUGAAGAUGACGAGGUUUAA